AUGAAUCUAAGAUCUCAGAUUUUGGAAUGGCGAAAUUUGGAUACAUGGCACCAGUAUGCAUGGCAUGGUCAAUAUUCAGUUAAAUCUGAUGUUUAUGCCUUUGGAGUGUUGGUUUUAGAAAUCAUUAGUGGGCAUAGAAUCAACAGCUUCACCAACCAAGUAGGAGACUCUCUGCUUACUCAUGCAUGGAGAAACUGGAAUGGAGGGACUGCUUUGGAAUUUGUUGAUCCGAUUCUGAGGGAUGGAUCGAGAAGCGAAAUAAUGAGAUGCAUCCAUCUCGGGUUGCUUUGUGUUCAAGAAAACAUUGCUUAUAGACCAACCAUGGCCUCUGUGGUUCUCAUGCUUAGUAGCUAUUCCAUGUCUCUUCCGGUUCCAUCGAGACCUGCAUUUUCUAUGAAUACCAACACGGAGACAGCAAUGAUAUACGAUUCAUUGCUACUCUUUAAUCAAUCUGAAAGAGAAGCUAUCCAAGACUCUGUCAAUGAGGCUUCUAUUUCGGAACUAGAUCCUCGAUGA